GUAAACAAAAGGAGGUGAAAAAGAAAAGUAGUGGUUUGAAAGAUAUUAAAAAUAUAGACGCACAAGAAGAAGUAAAACCUAAAAAGAAUAAAGCUAAAAAUGUGAAAAAGUUAAACUUUGAAGCUGCUUUGGAAUCUGCAGAUACUGUAUUCGAUGAAUCAAAGAGGCGAAAAAAACAUUUAGAGUCUCAAACUAAAGAUAAACCGGAAGUAGAAAAGUCGAAAAAAUCUUCGAAAGUUGAAUCCGGCAAACAUGAUCUGCAAGAUGAUCUUCCUAAUAAAGCAGAAAAGAGCAAUCGCCUUUCUAAAGGCGCCUAUGUGAAAGUAAAGAAAGAUAGCAAAGUAGAGACAAAUACUAUUGAGAAAACAAUGAAAGAAGAUACUGAGAAAAGUAAAUCCAAAAUAAGUGAAACCGUUCUGGUUCUCGAAAAUGAAAAACGAGACGAAGAAGAAGAACCAGAAAAGGAGGAAAUAUUAAACGAGAUAAAACAAAUGAAGACAUCGGCACGCGCUUCUAAAAAUGAACAGAAGAAUCCAGAAGAUGUUGUUGAAAAUAUUUAUUUCACUCUAAGUAAACGCAAGAAGACAAUUUCGCAGCAGCAAAUCGCCUUGAUGGCCAGUUCAGAUUUGGAGUUGCUUCUAGAGAUUUGGAGAUUUGGAGUUGAAAUUGUGACCAAUACCGGUAGUGGAAGUCCGAAGCGGAGCUUGGACCGAAAAGACAAGAAACCGUUCACAGAAUCAAUUUCCAUACCCCUGUUGACCGAGGUUCCAGAAGACGCAGCCUCCAAUCUACCGAAUGAGAUUAUCCAGAAGGACAAGUCUAAAUUGCCUGUUAAGGAGGAAUAUCUUUUGAGUACUAUGUCUACUCAGAUGUGCAGCUCGUUAAGUGAACCACCACCUGACAUGUUCGACUUCG